ACCGCUCGCUUUGGCUUUGUCCACAGUCCUGUCGAGAGCGCCACAACCAUAAUCGGAAGUCAAAGCAGCUUGAACAACUUGAGUAGGUAUUCACGCCGCAUGUGCGGGUUGCCCUGUUGAGGGAGGGAUGCGCUACAAAAAGGCGCCCCAGAUCUCCUUGGAGAUUCUCUCCCUUCAACGCACUCUACGACACGCCCAACUCACUAUACCCCAUAUUUCAGAAAGCCCAUAUGGGCUUGUUCCCCUGACGCAGACGCCCUUGCGCCACCGAUCUUCGACACCGGAAAUAUGAUGAUCGCGGCCCCACAUUCGCUCGGUACCACUGGCAUGAUGGACCCCUUGGCCCAUUCACGUUCGACACGUUUCCACUUCGUUGGUCACGCCUACCUCGUGCAAGAAACUGCGGCACUCCCACACGACGUAACAGCGUGCUCAACCCAGACGGAGCUACAAAAGCUUGGACUAUUCACUUUUGCUGCUGACAGUUCCUUGAAAGUUGCUCACGGCAACUUUGUGAGCGCUUCCUGUGGAAGCGCGGCCUCAUACUCGCUCGGUCACUGUCUGUCUGACAUGACCAACAAGUCACAGCCAUCACGCGCGAAGCCUCACACACGCGGCUUUGCCAAGGAUGUCGCACUGAGGAACUCAGUGCCCAUGGUCCCGCCCGGUCUCGGUCAUGUCAUUCCUCCUUCGGUGGCUCGUCCUGGUUAUGUUUCCCAGACUGCUUCCUCUGGCGUUUCCGAAGGGAGAAGUGGGACACAGGGUCUUUUCUCCCAGUGCGGUUCGGAUGGUGUCGCCACGGUCGUCACCGCUUCCUCCGCCGUUUCUGAACGUUCAGGUAGCGGCGCUAUCCCUUGGGUUGUAGCGCCCCAGACCCCCGAUCGUAAUGGCAUCGCAACUGCGUUUUCUAGCCUGUCCGCGCAUUUCAUGUAUUCGCUGGCUAUCAAAGCUCGCGCAGACGAAGUGUUCCCCGACCCGCAAUUCGAUGGUCGAAACUACGUGACCUCCAUUGUCGGCACUCGUAUUCGAUUCAUUCUCGAAUCCGUCAGCAACCCUCAAGUCGUUGUCAUUCAUGCGUUAUGGUACAUCUCCAAGAUUACCACUAAGGACAUGGGUCAUGGGAGCGAUUUCCUAGGAGUGUCAAUCUUCAACCAUCUCUACUGUUGUGGCGUGGCAACUUUGGAUGAGCUUCUCUUCUCCGCGUUCGUCAUCGUUGCAAGACUGGCGGACAAAUGGGUCAACGACUGUUGCCUCGCCAGUAAGACAUGGGAAAAGACAACCGCAAUUCCUUCCUCCACCCUCACCAAUGUUGAGAAGACUGCCCUGAUGUCUCUCGACUAUGUUGUGAACAUCCCAAGGUCUGCAUUACAUGGCUGGAUACUUGGGCUUCGUGCCCCGUCUAGCGGUCUCGCUGGUGAUAAUAGCGCCAUCAUACUUCGCAUUCUCGAUGACGUACUCGCUAUCAAUGAGGCUACAGAGGUUAACACGACCUUCAUGCGAUACCGCGGUCGCAAGAAAAAGACUGCAGCAACUCCCCACCAGGAACUUCCUGUGAUUCAUGUACCCACUCCUGUCAAACCUUUGACCUGUCUUCCGGACCCCAGUGACUGGUGUCCCCAGGCCGACCCCGUCGUCAACAAGAACUCUCGUAUGAGUGACUGGUGUCCUGAGGCAGAUCCCAUCGUCAAAAGGAACCCUCGCACGAUGGGUAUUGCCCCGGGCAGUCACAAUUUUGUACAUGAAUUGAGGCAGCCCACGACGGCGCUGGAUUUACUGGAAUUAAUUACCCAAGGCACCUGGGGUGCUGCAGUUGGCGGUCCUUUGAGCACCAUCGGUGCGCAUUUCGCCCAUACUGUAGGUCGUUAUGGCCCUUGCCAGACCAUUCUUGGAUAAAACGUCACAACUGCUUUGUCGAAUGCGUCUCCUCUCUAUGCUUCCCCUCGCUUUCCCAUCGCCCUCAGUGUGCUUUGUCUUCUCUGUCGUGUAUGGCUUACCGUGGUGGAUGUUAAUGAAAUCGUUGGCACCACAUAUUGGCAUGCGCACCCUUCUGCCGCUUCUGUCAAGCCCAACGUCAGCGUGUCGGCUUCGGCCAAUGUGAGGCCUAUCCUGGAUGGUAGAUAGUGCUUCUUACUUUUUUUGCGUCUACUAUACGUCUCUCGCGCACCUUGACUUUCCACACAUUGCUACAAUCUCGCUACAAUCGAUGAUUUGUUCACAUUUGCUGUGUCUA